CGGGGGCAGGACCGUGGAGUGCGAGCUGCGGUGCAGAUGUCAUGUGGCCUGUGCUUUGGACCGUGGUGCGUACCUAUGCUCCCUAUGUCACAUUUCCUGUGGCCUUCGUGGUCGGGGCUGUGGGUUACCAUCUGGAAUGGUUCAUCCGGGGAAAGGAUCCCCAGCCUGUGGAGGAGGAGAAGAGCAUCUCUGAGCGCCGGGAGGACCGAAAGCUGGAUGAACUGCUAGGCAAGGACCACACCCAGGUGGUGAGCCUUAAGGACAAGCUGGAAUUUGCCCCUAAAGCUGUCCUGAACAGAAACCGCCCAGAGAAGAAUUAACGAAGGACACAGAGCCCCAUGGGUCCUUGUGUGGGCCAUGACUGGCCCUGCCACCAUGUCUACCCUGCUCCAGAACCCACUUUGGAUUUGCUGUGUCGCUCAUUCUGUCCCCUCCUGUACCACCCAGCCCCGCACACACUGGCCGCCCUCAUGUUGCCAGGCGGACACUCGAGCAGCCGAGGGGCCAGGGAAGAGGAAGGCCCUUGAGGGUUCUGGCCUGAAGGCUGCAUGUGUUGUAUGGUGGCUGAAACUGCUCAGGCUUCUGCGCUUCUGGGCGCGCCACGGGGAGGAGUGUCAUGAAAUGAAUGAUGGCUGUCUGUUUCUUUGGGGAGGCACUUUGGCCUCAAGUGGGAGUGGCUGGGGUUGGGGUGCUGCCUUAGGAGGGAUGCCUACAUGCCUAGUUCCAGUGUAUACUGGGAAGAAUUCAGAAAGCUACCUGGCUCCCUUCACUAGUUUGCCCUCUUCUUGUACUCAUUCUUCCUGAAAUCCUGUCCUGUCAGCUCAGGAAUGAGACUCCCUGGGGAGGAAAGCCUUUUUCUGUUCUUGGAAGCCCAGGUUGUUUACCUUGGGACAGGUGAAUUUGCUUGAAAACAGUCACAUUUUUCACCACCCCCCAUCACUGUAUGGUACAAAACUUGAUUAAAGUGGCAUCUGAGAAUCAUAUUGAUCUCAUCCUAUCUUCCAGAUGGUGUUGGAGUCUCCUUAGGAGUUAUGCAAAUGCAGGCAUUUCAGGGUCGGAUAACACUGACCUUUAACCAAGGGCUCAUGGGCCCAGGCACUGAGUCCUGG